AUGUAUCACUAUCUACUGCUAUUGACAGAGCUGUUCUCUCGUAACUACAUAUUUUGUCAAUACAUAAACAUUAAACGGGCUAAUGAGUCCUUAGCUAAUUUGCAAAAGGAUUAUUUGGACAUUGAACUAACCAAACUUGGCGUCUUUUUGGACGUGAAUUGCGAUCAGAGCCACUUAAUAACUAAUCAGUCCAGUCAAUCGCUUCUGUACACACAUCACUUUCACUGGCUACUCUUCGAUGAAACUGGCAACAUGGAUCGAUUAGUUGAACUUUUUCAAGGAGCUAAUCUUAGCAUCAGCGCAGAUGUCACCUUUGUAACACAACAGCCAGAAAAAAGGUCGAAGACAGAUAGUCUGUUUACACUCUAUGAUAUCUAUAACAAGGGUAGCCAUCUGGGUGGCAUACUUAACAUAACCAUUGAUCAAAGUAUCUACUGUAAUCAGACCAUUUGUGAGGUCCAACAAUAUCUGAGUGAUCUCCACAAGAGAACUAAGCUGAAACAUCGCAACAAUUUAAGUGGAAUUAUCUUCAAACAGGUUACAGUGAUCACUUAUGUGCCCCUGAAUGCAAGCGAGGAUAAGAUGCUGGCAUUUUUGAAUAGUGAAGAAUCCGUUCACUUGGAUUGGAUGUCUCGUAUGGGUUACCGCAAUAAUUUACUCUUGCAGGAGAUGCUGAGGUUCAAUGUGACUCACAUUUGGCGGAAUCUGUGGAGCAUCUAUGAUAUCAAAGGCGGUGCGAUGGGCGAAAUGGUCAACCAAAAAGCCGACUUGUCGACAACACCGUUUGUUCUAUCACCUGCUCGAAUAAGGAACGUCUUUUCGACGACGGAGAUUAGCGAGUUUCGCUCCAUUUGCAUCUUUCGCACGCCACACAAUUCUGGGAUGAAUUCUGCUGUGUUUCUGGAACCCUUCGAGGCAAAUGUUUGGCUGGUCUUUGGGGCUUUACUUAUAAUCUGUGGCCUGUUGCUUGGGCUAACGUUUCGAUUGGAGCGUCGCUGGAUGCGAAGCUGUCUCAAGUAUAUACCCUCGCUUCUGACCACCUGCCUUAUGAGUUUUGGCGCUGCCUGCAUUCAGGGCUCUCAUCUAGUACCGAACUCGAUUGGCGGACGUCUGGUUUUCAUAGCACUCAUGUUGACCUCAUUUAUCAUGUAUAACUAUUACACAUCGAUUGUGGUAUCCACUCUAUUGGGUUCACCCGUUCGUUCCGAUAUUAAAUCCAUACAACAGCUGGCCGACAGCCCAUUGGAUGUGAGCUUUGAAGCAAUACCCUUUGUAACAGCUUAUUUAAAUAACUCUCCACGUUCCGACAUACGGCAGCUAGUUAAGCGCAAAGUGGAUGGGCGUAAUCCCAUCAACGUCUUUACGACCGCCGAGGAAGGUGUGAUUAAAGUACGCGAUCAGCCCGGUUUCGUUUUCGUCUCAGAGGCUUCAUAUUUCUAUAGCUUUGUGGAGAAAUAUUAUCGGCCCCAUGAGAUAUGCGAACUGAAUGAGAUCAUGUUCCGUUCGGAAAACUCACUCAACACAAUUGUGCACAUUAACUCCACGUACAGGGAGCUAUUGAAGCAGACACAGGUGCGCCUGUUGGAGACCGGUAUUACGCAGAAGCAUAAGCUCUUCUAUAGCAAGAGCAAACUGUACUGUUACGAAAGCAAUUAUGUCAUCAGUGUGGGCAUGGAAUAUGCCGCGCCCCUUUUUAUAGCUCUGCUUAUCGCCUAUUUCGUGUCAUUGUUCAUUUUAAUGCUCGAAAUAAGCUGGGCUCGAUUGAGCAGGCGGCAUUUAAACAUUAUGAAUAUGUCCAUUGAUAUGUCAAUUGUGGUUGUACGAGAAAAGCACUUGCAAGGUCAACUGAUCAAUCACAAUCUCGUCAAGCUCGGCAUUUUCAUGGACAUCAAUUGUGCUCAGAGUGAUGAAGUUUUGAAUAUUGCUAAUGACGAACGCCUCUUCAUUGAUCGCUUUCACUGGCUUAUCUAUGAUCAGGAUGAGAACUCCACACUGCUGCAACAUCGGUUUGCAGAAGCCCAACUUUAUAUGAAUACCGAGCUGACCUAUGCCAGGCCCAAUUCAAAACUGACCAGUUUCAUACUCUAUGAUUUAUACAACAAGGCAAAACAUUUGGGUGGCAAACUCAAUAUCACAAUUGAUCAGCAAAUUAACUGCGAUGAGAAAGAAUGUCGAGUGUAUCGUUUUCUGAGUGAUCUUCAUAAGCGAAGUCGACUACAACAUCGUAAAUUUCUUACUGGCUUCACUUUUAGAAUAAAUGCAGUGAUCACCGCCUUACCGAUUAGCACACCAGAAACGCAGAUUACGGAGUUUCUAAGCCGUGAGGACGAUAUACAUAAAGAUACUUUUGCCAGGUUUGGCUACCAAACGUAUCGGAUACUUAGGGAUAUGCUGGAUUGCAACUUUAAGUUCAUCUUUCGCGACCGCUGGACGGAUUCGGAAGUAACAGGAGGCCUUAUUGGGGAUAUGCGCAAUAACACCGUCGAUAUAGCUGCGACCGGUUUCCUCUACACAAGCGGACGUGCAAAAUACUUAAAGAUCUUGUCUUGGUAUUGCUCCUUUCGCUCCAUUUGCAUGUUUCUCAAUCCCACGGCGGCCGCCAGCGAGCUUCACAUAGGGGAGUUCCUGAAGCCAUUCAGUUGGACGGUUUGGUUAAUUUUCGGCAGCCUGCUGCUGUUGGCUGGAUUUCUGCUCUGGCUGACAUUUCGACUGGAGGGCAGAUUUGGGCAUGUCAGCAUGACGCCGUCGUUGCUGACCAGCUGCCUUCUGUCCUUUGGGGCCGCAUGCAUUCAAGGCGCCUGGAUAUUGCCGAACUCCACCGGCGGUCGUAUGGUAUUCUACGCCAUUAUGUUGAGCUGUUUUCUGAUAUAUAAUUAUUAUACAUCAAUUGUGGUAUCCAGCCUGCUGGAUGCAGUGCCCAAAUCGAACAUUCGAACCAUCCAACAACUCGCAGAUAGCAAUCUCGAGGUGUCCGUCGAGGCAAUAAUAUAUACAAAAGUCUAUGUAGAGACCUCUGAUUAUCCCGAUGUGCGAAGUUUGUAUAUCAACAAAAUUGUGAACAGCAAGAGAGAACCACAACGCAUUUGGUUGCCUGCGGAGGAGGGUGUCCUGAUGGUGCGGAAUAAGCCCGGCUUUGUUUUCAUUGCGGAUGCAGCUGGCGCUUAUGGGUUUGUGAGGAAACAUUAUCUGCCUCAUGAGAUCUGUGAACUAAAUGAGAUUCUUCUGCGUCAAGAGACUGCCGCUCACACAAUGGUCGUAAAAAAUUCCAGCUAUGCGGAGGUUCUAAAACUUAAUUUUCUGCGAAUGAUGGAGACUGGAGUACAUGCGAAAUACUAUCGCUAUUGGAUACACAGCAAGUUGCAUUGUUAUCAGAGCAACAGAACCGUUGUUGUGGGCAUGGAUUCGGCAGGACCACUGUUUCUACUGCUAAUCUUUGCCUAUACAAUGUCUUUUCAAUUUGCCCAACAAAUCUACAAUCAUCAUCAUCAACUCAUCUAUCAUCAAUUUGUGCAUUUGAAUCAAUGGACCUGGGGCCAAUUUGAGGAGCGUUAUUUGGAUCAUAUGCAGCCCACGCUGGCCAUUUAUGUGGACUUGAAAUGUAUGCGUGCCAGACAUUUAUUGGCAGAAGCGAGUCGCACGGAGCUCUUUAAUCAGCAUUAUCAUUGGCUUCUGCACGACAGCUCGGAGGUCUUCAACUUUUAUGAUUUCUUCGAACCGAUGAACAUAUCCGUAGAUGCUGACGUUAGUUAUGUUGAGCAGCAAAUGGCAGACAAUAGAGGCGAUGGAGCUGUCUUCUACAGAAACUACGAUGUUUACAACAAUGGCAAAAUGCAGGGCGGCCAGCUCAAUAUAACCGGCAACUAUGAAGUCAGCUGCAAUCAAAGUAACUGUAAUUUGAGUCGCCAUCUCAGCUCGCUUCACUUGCGCUCCAAAUAUCGCCAUCGAGAGCAGCUAACGGAUGUGGUGCUGCGUGUGGCGACUGUGACGAUAUCGCGACCCAUUGACUGGCCGAAGGAGCAGCUGCUCCGAUAUUUGACACAGGACAACAACACCCUCGUCGAUGGAAUAGCACGCCUUGGUUUUCGAAUGUGCCAAAUACUCAAGGAUAUGUUGCAGUGCGGCAUGAAUUUUACAUUCCACAAUAGUUGGAGCAUCACCGAGAUUUAUGGCGGUGCUGUUGGUGCUCUGGCGAAUCGGUCAGCCGACAUUAUGUCCGCGCCUGGAUUGGCAACUUCGGUCCGACUGAAGACACACAUAACGGCAAUCAUUGAGUCGGGUUACUUUCGUUCCAUUUGCCUCUUUCGCACACCCCACAACGCCGGCAUACGCAGCGAUGUUUUCAUCCGGCCAUUUAGUGCUCUGGUGUGGUAUUUCUUUGGCGGCAUUCUGCUGAUGAUUGGCAUGUUCCUUUGGCUGACCUUCUACAUGGAGUGCAAGCGCAUGCGGCGAAGUUGGCGUCUCAGCUUUGUGCCCUCGCUGCUGACAACCUUAUUAUACAGCUUUGGUGCGGCCUGCAUUCAAAGCUCGCAGCUAGUUCCACGCUCCAUGGGCGGACGUCUGGCGUAUUUAAUACUACUUUUGACUACCUUUAUUAUGUACAACUAUUACACAUCUGUGGUGGUGUCCUCGCUGCUGAGUUCACCAGUCAAAUCGGAUAUCAAAACCAUGCAGCAGCUUGCUGAGAGUUCGCUGACAGUUGGCUUGGAACCCCUUUCCUUUACCAAGAGCUAUCUAAACUACUCGUUACGUGCAGAUAUUGCUCUGUUUAAAAAGCGCAAAGUCAACACACAGGCUAACAAUAAGGAUCUCUGGUUGCCCACUGAGGAGGGCAUUCUGCGUGUUCGUGAUAAUCCCGGAUAUGUUUACAUCUUUGAGACAUCGGCUGGUUAUGCAUAUGUGGAGCGCCACUAUACACAGCAGGAGAUCUGUGAUCUCAAUGAAAUACUGUUUCGACCCGAGCUGUUGGCUUACACGCUGCUGCAACGCAAUUCCACCUACAAGGAACUCAUUCGCUUGAGAAUGCUACGAGUGCUGGAAACCGGUGUUUAUCGCAAGCAUCGUAGUCAGUGGGCCCACAUGAAGUUGCAUUGCUUUUCGGAUAGCUUUGUCAUUACCGUUGGCAUGGAGUACGUGGCUCCGCUCUUCUUCAUACUGAUCUGUGGCUACAUUCUGGUGCUGAUCUUGCUGCUGCUGGAGCUCGCCUGGCACCGAUAUUCAAAGCGUUAAUAAUUUGCCUUAAAUUUCUGCAUCUUGCACGCCUUAGAGCCUCAGCUGCACCAAGCGCUUUAAACUGUUAUGCAACUUAAUAAAAA